AGUAUGAUAAAAUUUGCUUUCUUUCUUUUUUGUCGUUUCAAAUGGCGAGGACGAGCUUCCUGGUUAAAUCUAGCUCCCGCAUUAUGCAAUAGAAAGAGAGAAAUCGCUAUUCAUGGCUACAGUGAUGACAACAAAUGUAUGUAUUUCCAUUGUCCAACCUUCUUCUUCCUAUUUCAACCAUCAAAAUGCGUCAAUUUCCUUCUCGAGAACCUCAAAAAUCUCUCGAACUUCUCUCAAAUCGCGUCAGAUUUCAAGCAUUCUCAGCCAAAGCACAUGCCAACAACUGAAAAACUACAACAGCGAAAUUAUCGAAUCCUGUAACGCGACUAAUCUGAAAACGGCUAUGGAUUCGCUUCACAGAGCUGAGAAAUCCGAGAUUGAAUUGGAAACUUACUGCUCAAUCUUACAGCUCUGCGCGGAUAUGAACUCGUUGGAUAAUGGAAGGAAAGUUCAUUACCACAUCGAUUAUCAAGGUAUGAAUCUCACUGGAAUCUUAGGAUCUAAACUCGUUUUCAUGUAUGUUAAAUGCGGAGAUUUAAGAGAAGGUAGACGAAUUCUUGACCUAAUCGAUAGCAAGAAUGUAUUCCUUUGGAAUCUUCUAAUGAACGAGUAUGCUAAAUCUGGUUAUUAUACAGAGAGUUUAGUACUUUACAGAAGAAUGCUUGAAAUUGGAAUUGAACCUGAUUCUUACACAUUCACUUGCGUUUUCAAAUGUUUUGCAUUCCUUGGUUAUGUAUUAGAAGGUCAAAUUGCUCAUGGAUUGUUGUUGAAAAAGAAAUUUGGAUCUUAUAAUAUGGUUUCGAAUUCCAUCAUAGCGUUUUACUUCAAAACUGGAAGAAUUGAAAGUGCAUGUAAGGUGUUUGAUGAAAUGUCUAACAGAGAUGUUGUAACAUGGAAUUCUAUGAUAAGUGGUUACGUUACGAAUAAUCUUCCUUACGAAGGACUGAAGAUUUUCAAUCAAAUGUUCUCCGUUGGAAUUGAAAUUGAUCUUGCUACGAUGAUUAACGCACUCGCAGCUUGUGCAGACGUCGGUUUAUGUUCUUUUGGUAGUGUUCUUCAUUGUUAUGGUGUAAAAACCGGGAUAAUUCAAGAUACAUUGUUCUGCAACAGUUUGCUUGAUAUGUAUUCGAAAUCAGGGGAAACUGAUAAUGCGAUUCGAGUUUUUGAGGGUAUUGGUGAAAGAUGUGUCGUGUCGUGGACAUCGAUGAUUGCUGGAUAUGCUCGGGAAGGUUUGUCUGAUAAGGCGAUUAUGUUGUUCUGGGGAAUGGUUGAGAAAGGAAUUGAACCGGAUGUGUUCACUAUUACAACCAUUCUUAACUCGUGUUCUUGUAGCGGAUCGUUGGAAAAUGGAAGGGAAAUACACAAUUACGUUAUUGAAAACAAUCUCGAAUCGAAUUUAUCAGUAUGUAACGCUCUAAUCGACAUGUAUACGAAAUGCGGGGACAUGAAAGACGCUCAAUCUGUUUUCGAACUCAUGCCUGUAAAAGACAUAAUCACAUGGAACACUAUGAUCGGGGGUUGUUCUAAGAAUUCUCUCCAGAACGUAGCGAUUUCUUUGUUCCUCCGAAUGCAGGAGGAAGAACGAAUAAAGCCCGAUAACGUAACAGUUAGCUGCGUUCUUCCUGCUUGUGCGAGUCUAUCGGCGUUCGAUAGAGGCCGGGAGAUUCAUGGAUAUGUGACGAGAAACGAGAUGGGUUCCGAUCCAUACGUUGCAAACGCAGUUAUUGAUAUGUAUGUGAAAUGCGGGUCCAUCGAUAUAGCACGCAAAGUGUUCGACGAAAUGGCUGUGCGAGAUUUAUUCUCGUGGACUAUCAUGAUAGCUGGAUAUUGCAUGCAUGGUUUGGGGAAUGAAGCUAUAGCGACGUUAAAGAAAAUGAAGAAAGGCGGUUUUAGGCCCGAUGAAAUCUCGUUUAUUUCGAUUCUAUGUGGUUGUAAUCAUUCGGGAUUGUGGAAAGAAGGGGAGAAAUUGUUCGAGAUCAUGAGAAAGGAUUACAAAAUCGAGCCCAAGAUGGAACAUUACGCUUGCAUGGCAGAUCUUCUUGCACGUGCUGGGAAAUUAUCCGACGCAUUUAGGUUCAUCAAGAGCAUGCCUAUAAAACCUGAUGUUUCGAUAUGGAGAAAUCUUCUAUCCGCAUGCGGAAUCCAUCGCGACGUGAAACUCGCAGAGGAAGUCGCGGAACGUGUUUUCGAAUUAGAACCCGAGAAUUCGGAAUACUACGUUAUGCUCGCGAGCAUUUACGCGGACGCUGAAAAAUGGGGAGUAGUGAAGAAACCGGAUGAGGGGAAGAAUUCGGGUAGAAGUUGGAUUGAAGUUAAAGGAAAAGUUCAUAUUUUUUUGAGAGAUAGUUUAUCUAGUCAUAAUCAAUCUAGAAGGAUUAAUGCGAUAUUGAAAGGUUUAACAAAGAAUAUGAAAGUAGACGGUUGGAUAUCGAAGGUAAUUACGAAAGAAGCGAAGAAGGAGGUUGCGGCUUGUGGUCAUAGCGAGAAAUUGGCGAUGGCGUUUGGAAUAUUGAGUCUUCCUCCGGGGAAAACGAUACGCGUGACGAAGAACGAAUUUAAGAUUUGCCCCGAUUGUCAUGAGAUGGCGAAGUAUAUGUCGAAAACAGUCGCGAGGGAGAUCGUGUUGAGAGAUUCUAACCGUUUUCAUCAUUUUAAGAAUGGAAUCUGUUCUUGUAGACGUUAAAACUAAACUUAGUGAAACUUUUUUUACUUGA